GCUGCCGUUGAAUCCUAACCCCUAGUCAUGCGCACGCAGUCAUCGGCUCGAUGCGUGUACUCGUUCGGUUCACAGCAAUCGUUGAUCUUCCCUUUCCAUUCAGAUUCGUCACCAGACGAAGUACAUCAGCCAAGCGCGCACUACCAACAGCAGCAGCACGAGAGACAGUAGCCGCAGCGAGUCUUCGCGUUUUGCGGGCGAGCCCACUCAUUUCCUGUCAAAGCCCUUUUCUGCUGUGUAGCAUGGGUCACAAGCAACGAGGCGGAGGCAAAAACAAGGAAUUGCGUCGAGACAGAUCACCGCGUAGACGAGGAGAAGCAAGCCACGGCCACGAUGGCUUAGCGAUUACAACAGCUGGUGUGACGUCAGCAGAUGUGACUAAAACAGAGGAGAGGGACGUGGACGUUGGGGGUGCCACUCGGCGCAAAGGGAGCCGUUCCGCGGACGGAAUCCACGGGGGAUAUGGCGGAGUGGGGGGAAGCGCGAGCAGCGCGGGAUCAGCCACGCGCAAGCUGGCAGUGGCGCGCAUAGUGGCAGCAUUCUACCCCAAGUUCGAGAACGAAUCCGCGGAACGAGAGGUCCGCCGGGAGAUGGAGAGGCUUGUAGCCAAUGGCGUUGGAGUUCUCGAGGUAUCUGUGAAGCACAGCGGAUCUCUCUUCCUCUGGGCUGGAGCCAACAGAGGAGCCUACGCUAAGAACUCCUACGGCAAUGAGUACUCCGCGGUGGGCGUGUGGGUGCUGGCGGAGACUCUGCGCAAUGCAUGGGGGGAUGCGCUCGUGCGCCAGAAGCAGAGGGAGCUGAGUGCCUACCUGGAGCGCCAUCGCCUCGCGCUGGGCAUGGAGCUGGUCACGUCCGUGCUAGGCGACCACGGGCAGAGGCCGCUGCACGACUAUGCGGUGGUGACGGCAGUGACGGACAUGGCAUGCCACCCCCCCCGCUUCCUCUCCACGCCCGAGGUGCUCCGCUUCUGCGACACCUGGCGCCUGCCCUUCAACUCCUACUGGCUCUUCCACUCAAAGCAGUCAUGUGCCCGGCUGUUUGCCGCAUACGAUGCGCUGAGCGAGGAGGGCACUGCUCAAUCCGUGGAAGACACACUUAAUGCCAUUGCUGAUGUCAGCAUCGCAGGCACGGCGGCGCAUGGGAAGCUGCAGGGCAACAUCAUGGAGGGGCUGGUGGUGAGGCUGGUCAGUCCCAGGAGCCUCGAGGAGACGAGGGAGCUCAAGGGACGGGUGCUGACUGUCCCUGCAUCAGUCGUGACUCCUCCCUACACUGUGGGCGCGGGCACGCGGUUGAGGGAGAUAUUUGCUCAGCAUGACACAAUGCAGGAGCGCAUCUCGCAUCUUCUGGACGAGGCUGGGGCAGCCAUGUGUAGUGAGGGGCAGUGGGGGGAGGGCGUGCAGGGGGGGUAUGGGAGUGGAGGGGAGGAAGAGGAGGGGGGUGCUGUGGCGGAGGGGGAAGAGAGUGAGAGUGCGGGAAGGAGGAAGGAGAGGCGAAGGCAGGAGCAGCAGGAGCAGCAGGAACAGGAGCAGCAGGAGUCAGACUGGAUGGAUAAGCUGCUAAGCUGCAGGGCAGCAGAUGCAGAGACUGCCAACAUUCAGGCCAUGCUUCGAGCCGUGCUAGCCGAGAGGCUCAAAGUGAGGUUCAAGUCACACCCCUGGCCCCUCCCUUCCACGCCCUCUGUCCUUAGCCCCGCCCUUCCAUCCUCCUCCUCCUCCUCGUCCGCUCACCCGCCUGCCCCCGCGCUCCUCUCCCACCACCUCAUCACGGUGCAUGCCUUUCAAGAUGCUGCCUUCCGGAAGUAUCAGCAGAUGAUGCGCAAGGAUCGCAGUCUAUGGCCCCUGUAUCGUGGAUUCUUCCUGGAAGCCGCUGUUAUGGAAGUCGACAAGGCAAUGGGGAAGCAGCUGACAGCAGCAGCGGAUGCUGAUGCUGCUGCUGCUGCUGCUGCUGCUGCUGCUGCUGCUGCUGAUGCUUCUGACGCUGCAGCUUCGAUGAAGCAGGAGGGAGGAGGCAAGAAAGGGAUGGAGGGAUUGGGCGGGGCGAAGGAGGAAGGGGGAGGGGAAGAGUGUGGAGAGGAGGUGCAAAGUGAGCAGGAGGAGGAGCGUGGGGAGGAGGUGCCGCAUCUGAUGCUGAAGAUGAAGUUCCUCCCGUACAAGCUGAGGACGUUUCUCAUGCGCAACGGGCUGGGCACGCUGCUGAAGAAGGGGCGCCACGAGUACAUGUCAUAUGUUCAGCGGCUGUUGAAGGUGUGGGGCACAUCGCCACCUGCCUCUUGCCAGAUGACUGCUCUCUGCUCUGCAUGGGCUGACUAUGUGCUUGGGCCCCCGUCCUCCCCCCGAGCCCCCAAGGCCAUCUCGUCAAAUUCGUACUUAAGCUAUGCAGAGCCCUUCCUUGCCGCCUAUGCGAAGAGAGGGGCAGCGCAUUCAAGGGCUGUAGGCGCGACAUGGGAGGUGGGGGUAGGAGAGGGAGAGGGGGGAAGGCGAGAGGAGGAGAGCGGGGGAGCAGGGGGAGGGGAGAGCAGUGGGCAGCAGCAGCAGCACAGGGGCCUGCUGGUGUUCUUUCCGGGGAUCCCUGGCUGUGCCAAGUCGGCCCUCUCUGAGGCGCUCAUGCACACAGGCAGAGGGAAGGAGAGGGAUUCGCCUGUGACGGGGGGCAGAGGCAGUGAGAGUGAGAGGGAUUCCCUGGUGAAGUCAGGCAGAGGCGGUGAGAGCGGUUCAGCAAGAGAGGGAGGCUUGCUGGAAGCAGUGCCCAUUGGUGCAGCAGUGCCCAACGGUGCAGCAGCAACGGAUGGCGCGGCAAGAGCAGGGGUUGAAGUGGCAUUGCAAGCGGAGGAGGAGGAGGAGGAGGAGGAGGAGGAGGAGGAGGAGGAGGAGGAGGAGGAGGAGGAGGAGGAGGAGGAGGGGUGGCAGAGGGUGGAGAGGGGGAAAGGCAAGGGGAAGGGAGUGAAAGGUGGAGGAGAGGGAGAGAGGGGGGAAGGGGAUGGGGGAGGAAGAAGCGGUGAAGGGGAGGGGAGCGGGGUGGGGAGAGGGGAGGUGGAGGGGAGUGGAGGGCCGUUGGGGGAUGGGAGGGAAUGCCAGCACAUCAUGGGAGACAAGACGCAAGGCAAGUACUGGAAGGUGUUGGCCACACGCAUGAGGAAGGAGGCGAACGCGAAUGUGAAUGUAAUCGCGGAUAAGAACGCCCCCAACGAGGACGUGUGGAGCCAGAUCGAGGCCAUCUGCCAGGACACAGGACUGCUGGGCGUGCCUGUGGUGCCUGCGUCACUAGGCACGAGGCACAACCCAUUUGACUGGCGGGUUCUGGCCGUGUUUCUGUUCCGCGUCAUUCAGCGCACCAACCACCCCGGCGAUCUGGAUGCGGGCUCACCAGCGCCGGGCCAAGUGGUGCUCAACUUCCACUCGCUCUACGGCAGAUACGACCGGGAGGAGCUAGAGGCGGAGCUGAAGCAGCGCUUUGGCGUGCUCGUCACCAUGCCAGUCGUCCACCCACACGCCCCUCCAUUACCAGAUGACAUAGCUGCCGUCAUCAAGUCAGGGCACAAGCUGCGGGAAGCUACCUGGAAGCGACACAAAAGCAAGGAGCCGUUGAAGACGCCCAUGAAGGAGCAGGUCGUGGAGUGGGAGGGCGACCUCCGACGUGUGCUGCUCAACCACGCCCACUACCUCGCAUCCAUCCAGGUGCCAUUAGAACAGGUGGUAGCUACAGUCCAAACCCAGCUACACAAGAUCGCUACAGGAGAAAUCCGCCCACAGAUCGCCACCAAGACGAGCUUCCGCAGCAUCCGGCUAGCAGCGGUGGUCAUUGAUGCCGCUGCUGACGUGGCACCAGGUGGUGCUGACGUGUCAACGAACGGGCGGCUGUUGCUGCGGGCGCUAGAGGAGGCAGUGAGAUCCGACUCGCGGGCGGCAGCAUUCUGGAAGCAGGCGCAAGAGCCCUUGACAAAGAAACUGCAGAAGGGGGGUGGUGGGGAUGGGGGGAAGGUUGGAGAGGGGGGGAAGCAUGGAGGGGGAAAGGGAGGAGAGCAGACGGUGAAUGCGGGUGGCAGCAGGGGGUUGGGGUCGCUGCACGUGACACUGGCGCACAAGCACGAGCACGGUGUGCCGGCAGUGGUGGGGUAUGCUCCCAUGGAGGGGCGGGAGGUGCGCGUGGCCGCCACAGCGCUGCUGUUUGACGACCACGUGGCGGCGCUGGCGGUGGAGUUCAGGGGAGAGGAUGACAGCGGGGAGGAGCACACUGUUCGUUCAAUGAACCCUUUUGCGCACAUCACGAUAUGGCAGGCAGAGGGAGCGAAGGCGGUGCAAUCGCUUGACCUAACCAGUGCAGUGGAGCAAGGUAAGGCCACACGUGUGGCCUUCCCAACGCCAGUAGAGCUGGCAGGAACAGUAAAAUUGAUAUGAAUAAAAUGCUAUCUUGCCUUGAGUGGCUAAAUGAAUAGUUCGUGUAGCAAGUCGGCUCUCAAGAAUCACUAACACUUCAAUAAAAUAUUGGAAAAUAGAAUAUUAUAUAUUAC